CUAAUCAGUCAGAAACACAUAUUGCUGAAGGAAGAGGCUGGUUGGAGAAAGAGUGUAGAACUCAUGGGCUGGGAGCUACCAGCAAGGAGAAAAGGGGGUCAUGUUAGACAGACUCACCAUGUCUACAAUUCUGUUGCUAGCUGACUGGCGAGAGAGUACAGAGUGAAAGGGAAAAAUAUGGAAAUGAACUCCUUUUGGAAGUCUUUUGAUUUGAUGCUGCUGACCCUUCUGAUUAGCUUCCUAGUAGUUGAAUAUAAAAGCACAGAAGCAGAGGCUCAAGUUCCAUCAGCAAACAUGUCAGCUGCGCAGAUGUCCCCAAAAUGUCACACUAAUGCUACCAAAGUGUCUGUACAGAUGAACACCUGCGUUGUUCUCUCCUGCUUACAUUACUCAUCAAAGGAAUUUGUAAUGGCCACAUGGACCAAAUUCUCCAGAGACAAAGCUUCCUGUAUCAUAGCUUACAGAAAAGACAAGAAUACCACCAAUGAAACAAACUGCUCUGGUACUAGAAUAACCUGGGAAUCUGAACCUGAGAAGAACUUCAGCCUUCAGAUAGAGCCAGUGACUAUUCAUCAUGAGGGAUAUUAUCAAUGUGAUCUUGUAACACCUGAUGGGAAUUUUCAAUCUUGCUAUAACCUCAGUGUGUUAGUGCCUCCUCCUGUAAUAAACCUGUCUGAGGAAGAAAAUGGGACCGUUGUAUGCAAGGCUGCAGCUGGGAAGCCGGCUGCCCAGAUCUCCUGGGACCCAGAAGGAGUCUGUUUCACUGUGAAGGAAACUCAUCAUAACAGGACAGUGACUGUGAAAAGCAUUUGUACACGGAAUAGCUUCAAUGCAUCCAAUGUCAACUGCUUCAUUUCCCAUUUGACUGGGAAUAGGACUCUGUUCAUAAACUUUCAAGUCCAUAGUUUCCAGACUUCUUCAAAAUUCUUAUUUUGGAUCCUUUCUGUUAUUCCCUUGGGCUUCGUGGGAUUGUUUUUUUGUAAGAAAUCCAGUUGGUGCAGGAAAUGUCCUAAACCAGAAGCUACUCCAGGAGCUGGAGAGGAUGAAGUGGAGCCAUAUGCUAGCUACACAGAGAAGAGCAAUCCACUAUAUGAUUGUAGGACUGAGGUGAAGAUUUCUACAACUUCAUAAAGUGAAAACUCUGGGUUGGAAUUCCAAACAGGAUUUACCUGUUAGAACAGAUUAAUCCUGGUGCAAUAGAAAUCCACUGCUGCAAUAGAAACCCACUGCUGCUUAUCAUCUCCCGGGAUUUCUGGGGGAAUAGAAGACUCCCUUCUGACACCUCUCAACAUAAGAGACUGAAAGAAAGGUCACAUUUCCUAAUAGUCACUGGUAGUGAAAUUUUGGGAAAUUCAGUGGCCACCAGUUGGUGAUUUUAUAAGCUGAUGGAUUACAGAGACAUUCCAGCACUCAUACUUCCUAAUUUCCCUUUACUCAACUAAUCAAAUUCAUAUUCUUAGCUAACAUAAUAAAAUAUUGAACCAUUUAUUUAAUCAUUUAUUUAUUUAGCCAUUAAUUUAGUCAUUCCUGGAUUAUUGCAUUUUUGAGUAGUUAUGAAGUAUAUGUGUAUACACAUUUUAUCUAUAUAUAUACAGUGGAUUUCUAUAUAUACACAUAUACAUAUAUGUGAAUAGGUAUAUGUAUAUGUGUAUAUACGCACACAUGCAUAUACACAAUGUUUGGUAUCAUGAGGCCAUGAUCUUUGUGAGCAUUAGUAACUUGAUUUGAUUUAAUGACAUGAUAAUUUGGAAAUAAAACCAUUAUACCAUCUUGAAUCAUGCAGUAAAAAAUACUAUACUAAUUAAUAUGAAGAUUAAUCAACAAAUACUUAUCAAAUACUUUCAGUAUUCUCAGCAAUAAUCUAGGUACUAUAGGAGAUUUAGAAAAAAAAAAGAAAUAUAUGACCCUUUCUUUUAAGGAAUUUACAGUUUAAUUGAGGAAAGAAUGCCAACAUCCAUGAAGCAAUAGUAAAUAGUAUGGAAUAAUUUAUAAUUAUUUAUCAGUAAUUGGCAAAUUGUAUGACAUAGGCUGUGUAUACUCUAGGAACUUAGAAUUUUGAGUUGUAUAGAUAAUCUAGCACAAUUCCUUUAUUUUACAAAUGAGUCUCAUAAAGAAGUCACUUACCCAAAGUUACUAUUAAUUGGCAACUAUUGUUGCUUAGUCAUAUCUGAUUCUUCUUGAUCUCAUUUGGGAUUUUCUUGGCAAAGAUACUAAUCAUUUUCUUCUCUGGCUCUUUUUAUGGAUGAGGAAUUAAGGCCAACAAGUGAAGUGACUUGAUCAGAAUCACCCAGCUAGGAAAUGUCUGAGGCUUGAUUUGAACUCAGGAGGAUGAGUUUUCCUAACUCUGGGACCAGUGCUCUAUCCACUGAGCCACCUAGUUGCCCAGUAACUGGCAACAUUAGAAUUCAAAUUCAGAUUUUCUGAUUGCAAGUCCAGGAUUCUUGUCACUUCAUCAUGAAGAUCAAAGAAGACUAGAAUAGUCAAGGAAAGUUUUAUAGAGGAGAUGAUGUGUGAAUAUACAUUGAAAGAUGAGCAGCAUUUAGAUCAGUGAAGAGGAGAAAGAGAGACUAUUACAAGCUAGGAGAACAACAUAAAGGAAUGAACAUGGUCAAGAAUGACCAUGACAUGUUUUUGAGGGGCUCAGAAAUUGACUCUUGAAAUGAAAGUUGUGUUUGGAGGAAUAGCGAAGAAAGAAUUUAAACAGAAAUUAUGUAGAUCUUUUUUUUAUAUUUUUCCCUGCUCCCACCAGCAAUGUACCCCAGUGUCAGAUUAAUCUGGUGGUUCCUAGCUGGAACUUGCACCUAGAAUGACCCAAAUCUCUUCUUCUCAUACUCUGAAGCACAUCUCCAACUUUUCUACCAAUGUCACGUCUCUCUUUCUCCUCCUCGUUAAACAAUAAACACCCUUCCCAAAUCAUCUCUUUUCCUUCUACUAAUCCUCCCUACCUUUGUCAAAGGAAACUCCUUUUAUUUUGACCCAUAAGUACAAUUUCCCUUUCUCAAUGGUGGCAGCCCACUUUUAGACACUGGGAUGGAUUGUAAGGACUCCUGAGGUCUCUCUGUCUAGGGUGUGCUGAAACCAGUUCCAGUGAACUUCAGACUACCUAUUGUCAAAUAUUCAUUGCAAAAUCUACACCUUGGAAAUUAGCAAAUGCUACAAAUCAGGGCCUGGUUUAUUUGUUAAUUAUUUAGACUUAAGAAAGUAAUGGAGAAAAUGUUAAUAAUACAAAUUAAAUUUAAAAGUGUGUCCAGAUUAUAUUCCCUCUCUCCCCGCCUUAGAGAAUUGGUUGUAAAGCAUUUACCAUCACACCCCUGCUUAUAGUUACUGGGCUAGGCCCUUUGGGUUUUUCCAUCUACUUUUUAGCUGAAUAACUUUCUUAUAAGUAUUAUCUUACCUAAUUAGAGGAGGGGUCUUUGAAAGCAGAAGCUUUCAUCCAUUUUAUUUGUAUCACUAACUCUUGGCAUCUAAUAAAUGUUUAACAUUUCUUGCCCCCUGCUCCAAAUUUUAAAGUGUUGUAGAAAUGUUAGAUAUAACAACCACAACAACAAUGGUAAUUAAUAUAGUAACUUCAUAUUUUUAACAAAGGUUUUUCAUUCAUUCCUUGAAAUUUGAUAUCAGAGGAAAUAGGGACCAUGUUUUCAAGCAGGAGAGGGAUGUGAUGAAAAUGACAUUUCAGAAAAAUUAAUUUUCCAAAUUACAGACUCAAUUUAAAUUGACUGUAUUGACUGUUCCUUUUGAGGAGUAAAAAGAUAACAAUGGUAAGAUGCUUAGCAUGGUAACUAGCAUAUAGUAGGUGCUUAAUAAGAGCUUAUCCCCUUUCUAUCCUCUUCCCAUCACGGAGAGUGAUAUUUUAUAGAUCUGCUGUCUUUCUUUUCAGCCUUGCCCUUUAGUUUUCCUAGUCAAUUCACUAUGGAAUAUUUUCUUAAAAAGUGUUAUAUUCCCAACAGUGCUAUAUUCUUUAUGUACCACUUGACAUAUCUAGAGGCAAAUACAUUAUUGUUUGUUCAUAGCAUUAAGAGAAAUCAUGAACAAAUUAGUGUAAAUUAAUUGAUCUGAUUACCUAACUGCAGUUCUCCAAAUCACACAGGAUAAUUAUAAUGAUAAUAAUAAUAAUAAUUAUUAUUAUUAUUUGGUGACUGUGUCAAAGGAAAGUACUUUAUCUAAGGUUGUUCAUUAGAUAGAAUUAAGAGAAUAAAGCAGAAUAAAGUUGAGCUUGUGAGCUAGAAACAUUUAACUGACACAAAUUAGAUGGAGAAAUACCUAGUCAUCUAUGUAAAUUGAAUGUACUUUUGAUAUGAUGUUCUACAUCAAUACUGUCUGAGCAAGUUUGAGGUAAAUAGGGACUAUGUUUUAUUUUCUUCAUAAAUUGAUAAGAGAACCAGACCAAUUCCAUGUUGUGAACAGCAUUCAUUUUGUAACUUAAAGUAUUAUAUUUUGUAAAAACUUUGUCUAUAUGAUUUUAGGAAAUUAAAUAGCAUUAAUUGCCAAAUGUUCUGGGAAAUAAUUGUACAAUUUUUGGUUAGUACCUUUUGAUUUUGCCAUACUUUGGCCAAAUUAAAAGAAUAAGUGCUCUUGUUGCUCAAGGUUAUAUAACCUAAUUUAAUCCUCAUAAGCGGUAAGAAAAUUUUGUUAUCAGUGUCCUUAUGCCAAGGGGCCUUGAAUCCAAUUUAUUGUGCAAAUGCUAGCCUUGCUAAUAAAUUGAUUUGCUCUCA